GGGUGGUAAGGCACUCUUCCACAUCUUAGUCUUUAUUUCACACAGCGACAGACCUGGCGGACACUGGCAGCGAAACAACGACACGAACUCCCACAAUACUUUUGGAAUUUAACCCGCUUUAUUUCAAAUUCAAUAGUUAAGAGGCAAAUAUGGCAACUGAAAUCAUGGAAAUGAACGGACAUGUCGACGAAGAGGAGCGGCGUCAAGGCCCCUGGAAUCGGAGGCAGGCAGGCCAACCUAUAAACAUGAACCGGUAUGCUAAUAAGAAGAGUGCAGCAGAGAGCAUGCUGGACGUGGCGUUACUCAUGGCCAACGCCUCCCAGCUGAAGGCCGUCCUGGAGCAGGGUCCAGACUUCACCUUCUACACCCCCCUCAUCACCUUCAUCUCCAUAUCCCUCAUCCUGCAGAUCACCGUGGGCGUCCUGCUCAUCUUCAUUGUGAAGUGGAACCUGAACGAUGAGAGCACCCACUUCAAGCUGAACAUUAUGGAGAACAUCGCCACAGCACUCAUCUUCAUCAUCGUUGUAGUCAACGUCUUUAUUACGGCCUUUGGUGUCCAAAAGCCCAAUCAAAACUCUUAACUGCCCUCACUCCUUACCCCUGGUCAUUAGUUAUUACAGUUAUACAGGCAUUAUACUGGUGUCAUAUGCACAAUACACACAUAAUAUGCCAACGUGUACCCUUGGUUGAAACCCUCAAACAAAUGUUUGGUAAUCAGUGUCAAAUUGUCAGGUUACUCGAGUUUAAUAAAUAUAUGUAUUGUACACAGACUUACAGUUAGAAUGCACAAAGGUGAAUCUUAAAGUAAAUGUUUUAUACCGGAAUGCCAUAGCUGCACAAACCAAAUCACUGCUACUUUACAAGCAAGAGCGGUUGACGGAUCCAGUAGUCCAUCAGAUUCUCCGUGACACCAAAGACAAUGGAUUGAUUCGUUAUACAGGAUUCCCACUGGCCUUUCAUACAAGCGGCCAGUCACAAUCAGGUUGACCCUACUUCAUGACGAUCCUGUCACACUUCAUAUUUCGCGACUACUUGUGUGAACAAUACAUUGUUCAAAUGACCAACAGUGUUCAUGCGUUGCCUUUAUAAAUAUGUACAUGAGGGUUAUUUUAGAUCCAUUUUAUAUAUACACACACACACACACAGCUCAGUGGUGAUUUUUAGCAUGUAAAUCUUCAGACAGGUGUUAAUUCAGCAAGAUGUUGAGGCCUUACCUUUACUCUUCUUUAAGUCACCACACAGAGACAGAAAGACAGAGACAGAGAGCCUAUCAUUUGAAGUAUUUUAUUAGGCCUAUGUGGUCUAAAAGGGAAAAACGAUACAAUCACGAGGAUCCACUUUUAUAGACAAUAUACCGACACAUAGACAGCGCAACGAGCAAACAAAACAACCCUCGCAAUAUCAAAUGGAAUCACAUGGGUCUUUUACUGAACUUUUUGUUGAAAACAAAUAUUUGAAUGGGAAGAGAGAGACUGUCACUGGCAAACAAAUAGCAAAAUCUACUCAUUUGAAGAGGUGUCCACAUACACUAAAGUAUCUCAUAUCUUAGAGCUGCUGUCAUGGUAACUUUGUUCUAGAAAUACUCAAGCUGUACAGACCCAGCUGCUGUGUUUUUUAGCCCAUUGAUUUUGUUGUCAUGUUUGAGUCACUCAGCUAUCACAUGAACACACACAAGAUACGGCAAAAUGUGUAGAAUGUAGGAAAUUCGCUUUUAAAUGCCUCUCAAAAAUAUCGCCCUCCAUGGCUGCCAUUUUAAAGCUAAUUCCCUACAUAUUCUGUGUGUUCAUGUUGAGUCGAGUUUAUUUUUACAGGGACAGUGCACAUUAAUCAACGUUUUCAGUAAAAGUGUUUUAGCCAGCCGGCUAAUUUUCAACCACAGUCCCUGGGCAGGCUUGCCGAGUGUAUAGAAUUGCAGGAAAUGUGCUUUAAACCUGCUAAAUGUUCUCUCCGCCAACAAGAGGGGUGUGACGAGUUUGUGAACCACUGAUCUAGCAUUGCAAAAUGUUGGUAAUUAGUGGAUUUUUACCCAAAAUUCUCAUGUUAAGUUACUUGAAUUUUACAACCGGACAUUCAGACUUUGCCUGCUGCCUUAUAUGUGAUCUCAGAUCUAUGCAACGUACAGUAUGUACCAUGACAAUUUAUGUGUAAAAAAUAUAUAUAAUAUUUCAUGCCAUGUUUAGACCUUAAGCUUUGCCAAUAUAUAUAUAUUUUUAUAUUUGAAGGCAUUUUCAAUUUUUUUAAAUGAAGGACCAAAUCAUAUUUUAGCCCCACUUUUAAUGCACUGUAUGCAGUAGAAAACUGUACUAUUCUGAAAUGAAGUUUGUAAAUGAAAACUAA